AUGAACAGUGUAGACAUAGGGCGGUGCAGCAAACGCAUUGUACAAUACCUAUGGGAUCCCGAGCCCAGGAAUGAUCAAAAGCCAGAUGCCUCUAUCUGGUGCUUGGGAGUAGAGUAUGCCCCGCGGUUUCAGAAACAUGCAGCAAACAGAACACCCGACAGGGAUGAGCCUGACGCUGGAACAAACACCAUAGACGAUGUAACAGAACAUGGAUGGCCAGAAGCAUUCGUCUCGGACUUCGAGUCGAAGAUCUGGAUGACAUAUCGAUCUAACUUCCCCCCAAUACCAAGACCGGACAACGAUGAAGCGAAUCAUCCGAUGACGCUAACUGUACGCCUGAGAACACAGCUAAUGGACCCUCAAGGCUUCACUUCAGACACAGGCUGGGGUUGCAUGAUCAGAUCAGGGCAAAGCUUGCUAGCAAAUGCAAUGCUUACAUUGUGCCUAGGCCGUGCCUGGCGCCGCGGGGAUAAACCGGAAGAAGAGGCCCAUCUACUAUCUCUAUUUGCUGAUCAUCCAGACGCGCCCCUCUCGAUACAUCGAUUUGUCAAACAUGGCGCCGAGUCAUGUGGUAAACAUCCUGGGGAGUGGUUUGGACCGUCAGCAACCGCUAGAUGUAUAGAGGCUCUCUCAGCACAAUGCGGAAACAUAGCGCCCAGAGUAUAUGUCACAAACGAUACCUCAGACGUCUACGAAGAUAGCUUCUUGCGAGUGGCUCGCAGUGGUUCGGGCAGUAUACAACCCACAUUAAUACUGCUAGGGACUCGACUAGGAAUCGACAACGUCACGCCAGUGUACUGGGAGGGACUCAAAGCUGUUUUGCAAUUGCCACAGUCGGUAGGCAUCGCAGGGGGUCGUCCUUCCGCGUCUCACUACUUCAUCGGCGCGCAAGGCUCGCACCUCUUCUAUCUUGAUCCCCAUACCACGCGCCCCGCACUCCCAUACAGCACUGGUGGUAGGUUCCCCUCCAAGGAGGAAAUCAGCACAUACCACACUCGCAGACUCAGACGCAUUCAUAUACAAGAUAUGGAUCCAAGUAUGCUAAUAGGCUUCCUUGUGAGAAAUGAGGAUGAUUGGGACGAUUGGAAGGGGCGCAUAGGCUCAAUGAUGGGAAAGCCAAUAAUACAUGUGUUUAAGGGAGCGGAAACUACUUACAACCAAGGCAGAAGGGAGGCACUCGAUGAAGUCGAGGCGUUGGAUGACGCUGAAUAGAACAAAGCGCAUGCGAGUGCAAGGCGCCACCCCGUUAGCCUCAAAGCAUCGAAGAGCAGAAUAUGUUAGAGUAAUUCAAAUUUCGAACC